AUGAUCGUCCUUCUUCAUCACGACUGCAGUCAGGAGUACUACCUCGACGCGCAGCGACUAUGCUUCGACGCCACUUCAUCUCACAGCGACAAACCACAUUCUGGCACCUCCAAGAUCGAUCGCAUCACCUCGAAGCUCCCGCGCCGACUACAAAAAUACACACAGGGCCUGCGCAAUGCACCUGUUUCCCACGUCGUCUCAUUCAUCAUUCUGCAUGAGCUCACAGCAAUCGUACCCCUCUUCGCACUCUUUGCCUUAUUUCAUUACACGACGUACGUGCCGCUGACGUAUGUGACGGAGCAUUUUGGGAGCUAUGUCGAGGCGGGCGUGACGCGGUUCGAAAAAUAUUUCCGUCGAAAAGGCUGGUUUGGAUUUGGGGAGGGCAAUUCUGGAAAUAACGAAAACGCGGAUCCAGAGCGAGGGGAGCAGCCACAGGACGCUGUGAGCAAAUGGCAGACUGGCGACCCCAAGUAUAAAAUCUUGGUGGAGGUAUCUUUGGCCUACGCCAUAACUAAAGCACUUCUUCCGCUAAGAAUUAUUGGGAGCGUGUGGGCUACACCUUGGUUUGCUGGUGUUCUUGCCAGUCUACGCAAAGUUGUACUAAGGAAGUAG